CUCGAUUGUCCUCGUCCAACUAUAAAAAGCGGGCACCUUUGCAGGAAUCUUCAGCCACCUGCCUCUUUCUUUCCAGACUUUCAGUCCUCGGGCGAGCCCCUUCUUCUUUCAAGUACCACAGAUUACCUCAAGUCUGGCGCGACUUUUAACACUCUUUUAGAUUUUUUUCGUCGCCUCGUGCUAGCCACUGUUCACGCUCCAGCAACUUUUCGCGCUGAUACUACUCUUGUGCCAGUCACUAUGUUCUUCAACGUCAACACCGUCCUUGUCCUCCUCUCUGUUUCUUCUCUUGUCAGAUCCCAUGGCGCUAUCACUGGUGUAACGGGAAACAACAAUGUUAAGGCUGCUGCGUUCGGCAUCAUAGCCACCACUCCACGCACAGGCUCGACUCCCAAGCCUUUCGAACAAGACACUUCAAUCAUUCGUGACCGUGAAAUCAACAGUGGUAAAACGGGAGCUUGCGGAAGAACUCCAGCUGGAGGCAACAACGAUGUUGCUUCUCAGUUGGCUGCCGCUUCCCAGGCUGGCUUACCCACUACCGCUGCUGAUGGCAGCUUGUCCAUGACGCUUCAUCAAGUGAAUCAGGACGGUGCUGGCCCAUACAAAUGCGAAGUUUCUGGUGAUGGUGGCAACACUUUCUCGGCUGCCACCGUCACCCAACAGGUGCCUGGUGUCCUAGGACUCUCGCUGAAAAAGGCUACGGAUUUUUCGCUUGUUGCGACUAUGCCAGCUGGCAUGGCCUGUACCGCUGGACCCAAUGGCGAUGCGUGUAUCAUGAGAUGCCGCAACCAGGCCCUUGCCGGCCCAUUCGGUGGUUGUGUCGCGUUCGCAUCAGGCAAUAGCGCAGCUGCCGGAGCUGCCGGAAACGAGACAGUCGCGGCAUCUGCUGCUCCUACAUCUGGCACCGCAGCAUCGACCGCUGCUGGGUCAUCCGACGCGAGUGCUGCGCCAGCACAACAAGGAGGCUUACUCGGUGGCUUGAUUUCAGGCCUCAAGAACAAACUUGGGAGGGCUGAAAAUGGGCCCUCUAAGCGCUACAUCAACUCACGCGUUGCUGGAGCGCGUUCUGGCUAUUGGAUUUAA